CGUUUUGAUGCGCGCUGGACAUCUUUAACUUGUCGCACGGUUGCAAAAGACUCACCAGCACUUCUCCAUCUCGGAGGAAAUACGAAGUACAGUCAGCGUAUAUAUCCGCAUCAUUCCACCUGUUCACUUUGAUUGGUGUAACGCCAAGUCGUGUCGCGACUGCGUUCCGAGCUCACGUCCGAUAAGACCGCCAGCCGGACGAGAUAUGGGAGCCGAUAGCUACAAUAACAACCGCUUCGCCCCUUCCUGCCUGAAAUACUGAAUCACUUCCUCUCACCUCACACACAAAGCGAUGGCUACCUCGACAUCGACUAACACUUCACGUAACGUUACACACCUCGUGGUUCUUGUUCAUGGUCUCUGGGGCAACCCAGCCCAUCUCAAAUACCUCACUGACAGCAUCCGAGAGCGGUAUCCUGAUCUCGACGUUCUUGUUCCCAAAAACAACUCUGGCAGCUUCACUUACGAUGGCAUCGAGCUUGGUGGCGAGCGCGUUGCAGACGAGGUCGAGACUAGACUCGAGGAGCUGAAGCAAGAAGGGCACACUAUCGAAAAGUUCAGCAUCACUGGAUAUUCGCUUGGAGGCCUCGUCGCCAGAUACGCCAUUGGACUGCUGUACCACAAAGGCGUCUUUGAGCAGAUCCAGCCAGUGAACUUCACGACUUUUGCGACGCCCCAUCUUGGUGUCCGGACUCCCUUGAAAGGAUAUACCAGCCAUGUAUGGAACGUUCUGGGAGCCAGGACCCUCUCUACGAGCGGCAGACAGUUGUUCGCAAUCGAUGAGUUUCGAGAUACUGGUAGGCCCAUCCUGGCAGUACUGGCAGACCCCAGUGCGAUCUUCAUCAAAGCUCUGGCGCAGUUCGAGACCCGAAGCUUGUACGCGAACAUCGUCAACGACCGUACAGUGACUUACUAUACCGCCGGUAUAUCCCAGACCGACCCGUAUGUGAAGCCAGAUGACGUGCAGAUGAAUUACGUUCCAGGUUAUGAGGAUGUCAUUAUCGACGGCGAGAAGCCGGUCCUGCCAAAACAGCAGGAGCCUCCACAGGCCCUCAUGCGACGCUUGACUGCUUCCACGCGAGUUGCACUCACUCGGGUUCCUCUCUUUGCUUUCCUCGUCGUAUUUAUCCCCGUCGGUACUACGCUCUUCCUAUGCAACUCUGCGAUCCAGUCUGUCCGCAGUCAGCAGCGCAUCCGCUUGCACGAGGCGGGGGCAGCUGGCAUUGAGACAGACCGCUACCGUGUCCCUCUCAUGCUCAACGCUGCCCGCAAGGAGGUUGAGGACAUGUUUGAAAACGUCAACAAUGCUCACGAGCAAGAGUAUCUGGGAGUGGACAGUGAGGAGUUCGCCUCACCUACCCAGCCUACUUCUCCCAGAUUUGAGGACAAGAACCCAAUUGCCGACAUCGAAGCCACCCAGGAAGCCAAGCCAGGGUCUCUUUCCCACUUCCCAGCCCUUGCUUUGCGGCAGGAUCAGUUCAGCAUGAUCGAGGCUCUCGACAACGUUGGCUUCAAGAAGUUCCCGGUCUAUAUCCACAACCACCGUCACUCGCACGCAGCCAUCAUCGUGCGUAUGGACAAGAAGUCCUUCGACGAGGGACGGGUUGUUGUCAAGCACUGGCUCGACAACUUUAAGGUCUGAUCGGUUCGAGUGACCCUUCUGCAUUUCAACACAUCUUUCAGCACUCAAGCAUGGCGUAUUUCAACAUUGAGAAUUAUGGGAUGUUUCAGCAUCACCCAAAUCUCGGGAGUUUCUAGCAUUUGGAGCAACAAGGUCUGACGGUUCAGCGCAUACCCCAUGGCAGUAGUAUCUCUGCAUUUUACACUUUAUAGACAAAUCCAAAAUCGACUUGACCCUCGUUUCCA